AUGCAGUCGAGCAGCGUGCAGUCGUCAAUCACCCGAUCCGAGUUAGACCGCAUCGGGCUGCCGACGCGUCUUGGCCUGCUGCAAUUGUCGAGCUUGAACCGCGUAAAUGAAUGCCGGUCCAGCACUGCCAGACACGAGCAGCCACGACGCCCAUCGCCUUGCAUGCUGGAGGUGCUGCUAUGCUACGUCCUUGUCAUAGACGACAAUCGUAGGGACAUCGAAACUGCGGAAAGCGUGGUCAGCAUCAAUGCUUUGGAGCAGGGCUGA